GAGUAUAACUGUCAAAGCAGGUUAUGUUUACAGGAAAAAAAAUAUUUUGGCAUAAAUAGAAACCCAAUUUAGGUCUACUUAAUGCAAAAUAUAUUGCGAUCAGUAAUUAACAUUCCAGCGUCAGGUUAUGUUGGUGUAUUUCCGCUACACAAAUCCAUGAUGUCGCAGUUCGUAGCGCCCGUCGAAGCCUCAAUCCGCCAAAAACUAACCUCCCAACUACAAACCACCCACUUGGAAAUAAUCAACGAAUCAUACAUGCACAAUGUGCCCAAAAAUUCAGAAACCCAUUUCAAAGUAGUCGUCGUUUCAAAUAAAUUUGCAGAUCUCCCUUUAAUCAAAAGACACAGGUUAGUCAAUGACAUUUUGAAACAAGAGCUCAACAGCGGCGUCCACGCGCUUUCCAUCAUUGCUAAAACUCCAGAUCAGUGGAACAGUAGUGAACAAACAGAACCUAGUCCUAACUGCAGGGGCGGAUUCGGUAAAUAACAACACAUCACGUCUGUAUCAAUUUUUUUAAGAUUACAGUAGUACACUUAAUAAUAAAAAUACAAAACGUAAUAAAACCAACAAAAAAUGUUCAUUAC